UAUGUAAAAUGAAAUAGCUAUGUUAAAGAUGUAAAUGGGUAUAAUGGAGAAAGAUUAUAAAAGAAGAAUCUAAACUCUCGAAGAUAGAAAUGAUGAUUUAACUUUAUAAUUGGAAGAAACAAGAAGAAAUGCAGAAUAAAGAGUUGAUAAUCUCUACAAAGAGAUGAAGCAAUCAGCUAUUUCAACUGUGAGUGAACCCAUUAUCAAAUAUGAAUACAUAAAGACACCUCAAGCCUCAUCUAUUAAAUCAUUAAAUAACUAUAAUUAUCAAUCACAAAUUUCACAGCAAUCAAAUCGUCAGUUGGAAAAUCUUAAUUUAGUUUUAGAAACUAAAAUGUAAGAAAUCAAAGCUUUAGAAGAAAGGUUGUUAUUACUGAAAUAGUAGCAUUAACAAUAGUUGGAUCAAUUAACAUAGCACUAUGAAAAUAUCUUAAAGACCAAAAUAAAGAAUGAGUUAGCUGCAUUAAAUGUUUAACAUGAAAAGUAAGUUCAGUAAUAUUAAAUCGAAAUUUUCAAUUGGCAAUACAAAAUCAAAGCCUCAGAUGAGAGGUUUAAGAAAGGUAUUGAAGAAAAAAAUAGAUUAAUUGAUGAAUUAUAAAUUAGAAUCUAAGAAUUCGAAAAUAAUGAUCUCAAAGAUCAAAUGGUAUAAAUAUAAGAGACUAAUAUUCGUUUAAAAGAAGAAUAUAAUAUGAUGAAGAAGGAUUUCUAAGCUGAAUUAGAAUUACUUAACGAUAAACAUUAAGGAGAUCUAUAACUUGCUUUCUAAUAAGGCAUCGAAUAAGCAGAUAACAAUUAAAAGGUUUCUCUAGAAUUGCAAAAAUUGAAUGCUUCACAUAAAUAAGCUAAUGAAAAGGCUUUGAAACUUGAAGCCGAAAAUAGAUAGAUUAAUUUGCUAUUAGCAACCUAUUAGUAAGAAAUUCAAGAAUGGAAAGACAAAUAUUAAACUACUAUCAUUAAAUAAAAAGAAGAAAUUGAAAAACUAAGGUAAAGUUUUGACAGACAAAAAAAAGAAUAACUAGAUCUUACUUUUAAUGCAGAAUAUUUGUAAGAGAAAAAUAAGCUCUUUUUUUAAUUAGAAUAAUGUAAUAAACAAAUUUAAUAACUUUAAUAAAUAAAUGAAAAAAACGAAAAAGAAUUAAAAUCAUUUUAUAGUGAAUAAUACAAUUCUACAUAAUUAAAUAAUGAAAUUUAAUAAUUAUAAAGAUAAUUACAGAUCAGUACUAGUGAUUUUGAAAAUUAUAAAAAAAAAUCAGUCAAAAUUGAAAAAUAAUAAUAAGAUGAUAUUUCUAGAUUAACAAUGGAACUCAAAAAUAUUAAAAAUAAUUUAGCUAAUAGCACUGAAGAUAAACAUAAAGCAUUAUAAGAAUAACAAAUUGAAUUAGAUCAAUUAAAAACUAAACUCUAUGAAUUUGAGUAAUAAAAUAGAAAUUAUGCCACUGAAAUAGAAAGGUUAAAAAAAGAAAUAAAGCAAUAAAAAUAAUAAUAUUAGGUAUAAAUAGAAAAAAUGAAUGAAGAAAUAAGUUAGCUAAAUGAAAAAAUAAGUUUAUUAUCUAUGGAGAGAUACAAUUUUGAAUAAUAGCUGGUAAAAUAAAAAUAAUAAAAUGAAUAAAUGGAAAGUUUAUAAAAAAAUUUAUAAAAUAAUUUGUUGUAAUUUAAUUAAGCAAUAGAGUAAUUAAAUUAAGAAUUAGAUGAAGAAAGAAAUAAUACAUAAUUGUUAUUGAAUAAGGAAUAGAAUUAUUAACAAAAGAUUUAAUAAUUAAAUAAACAAGUGAAAGAGUUGGAAUAUUAGAAUGAAUAAUUAAUUUAAGAAAUCCAAAAUAUAUAGGAUUAAAUUUCUUCUUAUGAAUCUGAAUUAUAAAAUAUUGAUCUUGAGAGGAAAAAGAAAUAAUAAUAAAUAGAAAAUUUGGAAAAAAAAUAUAAAAAUGCUAUAGAGGAAUUAUAAAUGAAAGAUUAAGAAUUGAAUGAAUAAACUACAAAUCAUUAUAAUGAAUUAGAACAACAAAAGUCUGACUAUAAUAGAUAAUUUGAAUAAUAGAGAAAAGAAGUAUAAAAAUUAGUGAAUUCAAUUUAAGAUAAGGAAAUUUAGAACUAAAAAUAUCAAGAUUAGCUUAUAAAAUUGGAAUCUGAAAAUAGUAAAUUGAUAAAUUAAAUUUAAUCUUUGUAAAUAGAAAAUAAUAAAAUGGAAUAGCAAAUUCGAAAAUAAUAAAUUUAAUUCCAGAGUAAUAUAGAUAAAUUAGCAGAUUAAGAAAUUUAAAGAUCCUCUUUAAUAGAAAGACAUUCAUAAAUGAAUUAUUGA